AUGGUUGUACUGCUGAUCCUACUCGGUUCUUUCUUUUUGCAUCUUUUCUUUUGGAAAGUCGAUAACUGGGAAAAGAUAAAAUCGGUUACACUUCCACUGCCCGCUGGAAAGUCCCCUCAGGGUGACACUCGAGUUCAAUUUCACUCUGAUCAAGUUCGAUUGUUAGUUUGCCAUGAAACUCAACUUGCAAUAUAUGAUGCUAGCAAGAUGGAAUGCAUUCGGCAGUGGAUGCCACAAGAAGUACUUUCUUCAUCUAUAUCGUGUGCUGUAUAUUCCUGCAAUAGCCAGCUAGUAUAUGCUACUUUUACUGAUGGUAACAUUGGAGCAUUUGAUGCUGAUAGUUUAAGACUCAGAUGUCGUAUUGCACCAUCCGCGUACAUCUCUUCUGCAUCCUCAAACAGCCAAACCGUGCACCCAGUUGUAGUGGUGGCACACCAGCAGGAAGCCAAUCAGAAAGUUGUGGGAUUGACGAAUGGUGCUGUUAAAGUUAUAGAACUCUCGGAACCGGAGAGGAAGGGGGUACCUGUGGAUAACGGAACAGAGAAUGUCAGGACGGCAACAUCAGCCACCACUAACACUUCUGAAAACUUACAGCGAUGAGCUUCCGACAAGGCAUCGAUGUAUAAUAUGUAGUUGGUUGUUCAUUUUGUAUGUGCAACUGUAAGUUGUUUGAACAUAGG